UUUCUCAUCUCUAAAACAUCUUUAAAUUUCCGCCAUAACUCAUUUCUCUUUCUCUGCAAAACAAAAACCUAAUAAUUGAACUAAAACAAACCAAAAAUGGCAUCAGCAAGAGCUCCGUUCAACGUAACAGCAACCGCAAGAGCAGUUACUCCAUCAGCUGCACAACACUCACCUUGGCAUUCACCAGUUCCAUAUUUAUUCGGCGGACUAGCCGCCAUGCUCGGUUUAAUAGCUUUUGCACUCUUAAUUCUCGCUUGUUCGUACUGGAAAUUAUCCGGGUACCUCGAAAACGACAGCGAAAGAGACCUUGAAGCUGGAGAAGAAGGUAAAAAUGAUAGUAAUGAUGAGAAAAAAGUUGUGGUUUUUGAAGAGAAGAUUUUGGUUAUUAUGGCUGGUCAGGUUAAACCAACUUUUUUAGCGACGCCAAUGUCUAGUAGGUCAUCUUCCUUUGGCGACAAUUCGAGUACGAAAAGCUGUUCUUGUAGCGAAAAAGGUGAGAAAUCUGUAGAAACUGUUAAACAGGAGACUAAUGAUCAAGAACAACAACAACACAGUGAAAGUCAUGAAACAGAUCAAGCCCAUUAAUUAUUUUUAGUUCUUAAUUUCUGGGUUUUUCCUUUUUUCCUGAUUAGGUUUCAGAAUUUUUAGAUGGAUUUGUUUUUUUUUUUUUUAGGAAGAGAGCUCUGUUAUUACAGGUUUUUUAAGAAGAAAAUGAGUAGAUGAGCUUGCUUUUGCAUGUUACAGAUUGGGUUUUAAUCCUAUUUUUUAGCAGCUUUUCUUUCUUUUUUUCUGGUUUCUUGUGUUCCAAUUCAGAGAAAAUGUAUAUUUCAUUGAGAUUUAAUCAAGAAUCAUCUUUUCUACUUAAAAUUCAUAAUUA